AGGGGGUGUGCGCGCGCCGCCGGUGCCGUGCGGAAGAUGGCGGCGCCCAGGAGCGCCCGGGUGCCCCGGUGAGGCGCGGAGAGCUGCCCGUGCAGCCGGAGCUGCGGCCGGGAGCCCGCGCCGGGUGCAGCUCGCCGCCUGGUUUCACGCCGCCCGUGCUGCCGGCCUGUGGCUGCCAUGUGGCGGAGUUGCCUCCUACUGCGGGACGGGGGGCGCCGUCUUCUGAAACGUCCCCGGGGCGGCCUUCCCGCCGGCGUGGGCCCGGCCCGGCCUUACGCGCCCCCGACAGAAAGGAAGAGGUUUUAUCAGAAUGUCAGCAUCACCCAGGGUGAAGGUGGCUUUGAGAUAAACCUGGAUCACAGGAAGCUGAAAACCCCCCAAGCCAAGCUCUUUACCGUCCCCAGUGAGGCUCUGGCCAUCGCGGUAGCCACUGAAUGGGAUGCCCAGCAGGACAUCAUCAAGUUCUACACCAUGCACCUGACCACGCUGUGCAACACGUCCUUAGACAACCCGACCCAGCGAAGCAAGGAGCAGCUGAUCCGGGCAGCCGUGAAGUUUCUGGACACAGACACCAUCUGCUACAGGGUGGAAGAGCCAGAGACAUUAGUGGAGCUUCAAAAGAACGAGUGGGACCCAAUCAUAGAGUGGGCCGAGAAGAGAUAUGAUGUGGAGAUUGGCUCCUCCACCAGUAUAAUGGGGCCCAGCAUCCCCGCCAGGACUCGGGAGGUGCUCACCAGCCACUUGGCGUCAUACAACAUGUGGGCCUUACAAGGGAUUGAGUUUGUGGUGACCCAGCUCAAGUCCCUGGUGCUGACUCUGGGCCUGAUUGACCUGCACCUGACAGUGGAGCAGGCCGUGCUGCUGUCGCGCCUGGAGGAGGAGUACCAGAUCCAGAAGUGGGGCAAUGUUGAGUGGGCCCACGACUAUGAGCUACAGGAGCUGCGGGCCCGCACGGCUGCCGGCACCCUCUUUGUGCACCUCUGCUCCGAGAGCACGACAGUCAAGCACAAGCUCCUACAGGAAUGAUGACGGGAACACACCUCCAGCAGGUCACUGGCGGCCCUGCCUGCGGGCUCCCUGCUGUCCCCACUCGCAUCCUCCAGAUGCCCGACUCAGCGCCACAGUCAGGAGGGCGGGGGCAGGCGUCUGCCCUGCCAGCAGGGUGCAGGGGGCGGAUGGAGGAUGCAUUCUCAGCCCGGAAUCGAAUAAAUAGUUCUCUGCCCUGGCAUGCCUGAGACCCCCCACGACUGCUGCCUUCAUGCCGUUCUGUUCCUGUUGCUGUCUGGUCUCACCACGGCCAGGCCAUCUCCCUCUGCAGGGCCAGAAACUCACUCUGGGGACAGGCUUGCUUGUGGCCCUCAAC